UUAGUGGUGGUAAUGCCUAUCUUGUUUACGUAUAUCAUAGCUAUUAUUUUGAAUAUGUGUAUCUGUCAUAAUUUGGAAGUCAUAACCUAUAUUUUCAGGAUAUGAAUUCUGUGUAAUUUUUCCUGAUAAAAAAAAGUUUGUUCAUACAGUUAAUUAAGAAAUAUAGCUUUAAUUUUUUGUUUUAGUUCAUUUGAUAGUAAAUUUCAAUUGAUUUUUUUUUUAAAUUUUAACUAAAGAAGUUUGUUUUCUAUAAUACCGUUUACAUUUACAAUGGCAGAGAAGGAUUAUGCACCCCUUAGUACAGCCUGCGUUAGAGCAUUAAACGACAAAUUAUAUGACAAGCGUAAGGCUGCUGCUCAGGAAAUAGAAAAAAUGGUGAAGGAAUUUGCAGCCACACGAAACACACUUCAAAUAAAGAAGCUACUGAAAGUACUGGGCCAAGAUUUUGCCAUAUCUCAAAAUCCGCACACAAGGAAGGGUGGUUUGAUUGGCCUGGCGGCCAUAGCCGUGGCACUCGGAAAGGAUGCUUCGGAAUACACAAGCGAACUGGUACACCCCAUUCUGGUGUGCUUCUCUGACUCUGACCUGAGAGUACGGUACUACGCUUGCGAAUCCUUGUACAACGUGGUGAAAGUCGCUCGGAGCGCAGUCCUGGUACACUUCACCGACAUAUUCAGUGCUCUGAGCAAACUAGCGGCCGACCCCGACCAGAACGUCAAAGGUGGAUCGGAGCAUCUCGACAGGCUGAUGAAGGAUAUUGUUACAGAGAGUUCUUCAUUUGACUUAGUAUCUUUCAUUCCACUUUUGCGAGAAAGGAUUUACACAACAAAUACAUUUGCUCGGCAGUUCAUCAUAUCUUGGGUUUCAGUCUUAGAUGCAGUGCCAGACAUUGACCUAAUUGUGUUUUUACCAGAAAUACUUGAUGGUCUUUUCCGUAUACUCGAAGACCCGAACAAGGAGAUUAAAAAAAUGUGUGACACUGUUUUGGGAGAAUUCCUACGAAGCAUCAAGCAAGAUCCUUCUAGAGUAAAAUUUGAUGAAAUGAUGAAUGUUCUCAUUAUACACGCUCACUCAGCUGAUGAAACAUUACAGCUUACAGCUCUGACCUGGAUCAAGGAGAUUGUUCAGCUGUCAGGACGAACCAUGCUGCCGUUUGCGUCUGGCAUCUUGACCGCAGUGUUUCAGUGUUUGGCGUAUGACACAGAGUCCAGGAGAAAUAUUAAGGACACUGCUAAAGCGAUCAACUCGCUAUUCAUGAAACUAGUUUCGGAAGAAGAUGACGAAACCUUGCUGCAGUCGAGCAGUGGUGACCAGUCGGCUGAAGAGGCUGCCAAGCUCGACCUGCCGUCGGUGGUCGACGUCCUCACCAAGUACUUGCAACACUCGUCUGUGCCCACGAAGGUCGCAGUGCUGCGGUGGAUUUAUCACCUGCAUGUCAGGCUCCCGAAAAGUAUGUUCCGCCAUAUUGCUCAAUUAUUUCCGGAGUUACUGAGAGCAUUGUCAGACUCAGAUGAAGUGGUGCUUCAAGAUUUGGAAGUGCUUGCAGAGAUUGUUUCAACUUCUUCCACCAGGAAUGUAACAUCAGAUAAGCAGUACCAGGCUGGGAACCAUCAAUUGAAUCCAUAUUUCUCAAAGUUUAUCACAAGUCUCCUGAAACUUUUCAGCUCGGACAGACAUUUGCUCGAAGAUAAAGGACCCUUCAUUAUCAGACAGCUUUGCGUGCUAUUGAAUUCAGAGGACGUAUACACCACCUUAUCAAAAAUUCUUGUAGAAGAAGAAAACUGCAGAUUCAUCAGCAUUAUGGUAGAGAACCUUAAUACAAUUCUGUUAACAUCGUCAGAACUGUUUGACCUGAGAAUGAAACUGAAGGAUUUGAAAACUGAGGACAGUUGUUGCCUGUUUCGCUGCCUGUACGAGUCAUGGUGCCACAACCCUGUAGCCACAGUGGCUCUGUGUCUUCUCACACAGAAUUAUUCCCAUGCAUGUGAUCUCAUAUGCUUGUUCGGCAACCUGGAAGUGACGGUGGACUUCCUCGCGGAGAUAGACAAGCUGGUCCAGCUCCUGGAGUCGCCCAUAUUCACGUAUCUGAGGCUGGAGUUGCUGGCGGUGCCCCACAACCAGCACCUGGUGCAGGCGCUGUACGGCCUGCUGAUGCUGCUGCCGCAGACCGAGGCCUUCCACACGCUGAGGCAGCGGCUGGACUGCAUCCCGGGCCUGCACCUGCAGUGCGCCAGGAGCCAGACUACUAAAGAAAAGGAGUGCAACAAACACCAGAAGCACAUUGAUUUUGAUGAAUUGUUAAAGUACUUUAUAGAUGUUCAAAACAAACAGCAUCAGUACAAGCAGUCUCUAAGGACAGUGGCAUUGUUAGAGAAAAGUUUACGAAUUGCAGACACUUAGCACUGACGUUUUGCCACCUUACUUGAAGGCUGUGAACUUAAAAUUUUGAUAAAAACUAUUCACAUACAUUGGUCUUAUUAUGAGCUGGUGGGGCUUUACAGUAUUUAUAAACUAUGUAUAUUAUAUUCUUGUAAAUAAUAACAUAGGUGUAUCAAGGAAUGAAAAAAAACAUACUUUUUUUUUUGUCUAAAAGUAUUUUUAUAAUGUAACUAAUUUCUUUUUUUCUUUUUGUUGCUAUGAAAGUCACAAUGUUUGUUUAGAAAUAUUUGUCAUAUGUUAUUCAAUGUAAAUAAGAUGUACAGUAUUGUAUUGUUUAUAGUGUAUAUUACUGUGUAUAUGACUUAUAAGUGCAAUGACAUUAAACAUGUUAUCAUGGAUUAA